UGUGAAACUCAGUCUGUUCAGUUGAAUGACUGCAGGAUUUGCUCUGCUUGUCAGCAACAUUCAGCCUUGCUUGAUAGCAAACACUAUUUAUUUGACUCAUUAGUCUGAUAUUCACAACCUGCAAGAUUGUCUACAAGACUCUGUCUACAAGACCUGUAUAGAAGACUCCAUCCGGGUCUCAGCAAAUAUCAAAUCAUGCUGAUCACCACUAGUCUGCUGCUGUUGUGGUGGUACUCCACCAGGGUGAAGAAAGAGUCACCUAAUACAAUGAACUUGGAGAAGAACAAUCAAGUAUCUGAGACUGACAUUGCUUCUCAGACCAACAAUGACUCUCAGAUUGACACUGCCUCUGAGACUACUGAUGCCUCUGAGACCGCCGAUGACUCUCAGACUGCUGAUGCCCCUCAGACCGCCGAUGCCUCUGAGACCAACGAUGCCUCUCAGACCGCCGAUGACUCUCAGACUGCCGAUGCCUCUCAGACUGCCGAUGCCUUUGAGACUGCCGAUGCCUCUGAGACUGCUGAUGCCUCUGAGACCACCGAUGCCUCUCAGACUGCCGAUGCCUCUGAGACUGCUGAUGCCUCUGAGACCGCCGAUGACUCUGAGACUGCCGAUGCCUCUGAGACCGCCAAUGCCUCUCAGACUGCCGAUUCCUCUCAGACCGCCGAUGACUCUCAGACCGCCGAUGCCUCUGAGACCACCGAUGCCUCUCAGACUGCCGAUGCCUCUGAGACUGCUGAUGCCUCUCAGACUGCCGAUGCCUCUGAGACCGCCGAUGCCUCUCAGACCGCCGAUGCCUCUGAGACUGCCGAUGCCUCUCAGACCGCCGAUGCCUCUGAGACCGCCGAUGCCUCUGAGACUGCUGAUGCCUCUGAGACCGCCGAUGCCUCUCAGACCGCCAAUGCCUCUCAGACUGCCGAUGACUCUCAGACCGCCGAUGCCUCUGAGACCACCGAUGCCUCUCAGACUGCUGAUGACUCUCAGACCGCCGAUGCCUCUCAGACUGCCGAUGACUCUCAGACCGCCGAUGCCUCUGAGACCACCAAUGCCUCUGAGACCGCCGAUGCCUCUGAGACCGCCGAUGACUCUGAGACUGCUGAUGCCUCUGAGACCAACGAUGCCUCUCAGACUGCCGAUGCCUCUCAGACUGCCGAUGCCUCUCAGACUGCCGAUGCCUUUGAGACUGCCGAUGCCUCUCAGACCGAUGAUGCCUCUGAGACUGCUGAUGCCUCUGAGACCGCCGAUGCCUCUCAGACUGCCGAUGCCUCUCAGACUGCCGAUGCCUCUGAGACUGCUGAUGCCUCUGAGACCGCCGAUGACUCUGAGACCGCCGAUGCCUCUCAGACCGCCAAUGCCUCUCAGACUGCCGAUGCCUCUCAGACCGCCGAUGACUCUCAGACCGCCGAUGCCUCUGAGACUGCCGAUGCCUCUCAGACUGCCGAUGCCUCUGAGACCGCCGAUGCCUCUCAGACUGCCGAUGCCUCUGAGACUGCUGAUGCCUCUGAGACCGCCGAUGACUCUGAGACUGCCGAUGCCUCUGAGACUGCUGAUGACUCUGAGACCGCCGAUGCCUCUGAGACCACCGAUGCCUCUCAGACUGCUGAUGCCUCUCAGACCGCCGAUGCCUCUCAGACUGCCGAUGCCUCUGAGACUGCUGAUGCCUCUCAGACAGCCGAUGCCUCUGAGACCACCGAUGCCUCUCAGACUGCUGAUGACUCUCAGACCACCGAUGCCUCUGAGACCACCGAUGCCUCUCAGACUGCCGAUGACUCUCAGACCGCCGAUGCCUCUGAGACCACCAAUGCCUCUGAGACUGCUGAUGCCUCUCAGACCGCCAAUGCCUCUGAGACUGCCGAUGCCUCUGAGACUGCUGAUGACUCUCAGACCGCCGAUGCCUCUGAGACCACCGAUGCCUCUCAGACCGCUGAUGACUCUCAGACCGCCGAUGCCUCUCAGACUGCCGAUGCCUCUGAGACUGCUGAUGCCUCUCAGACAGCCGAUGCCUCUGAGACCACCGAUGCCUCUCAGACCGCUGAUGACUCUCAGACCACCGAUGCCUCUGAGACCACCGAUGCCUCUCAGACUGCUGAUGCCUCUCAGACCGCCGAUGCCUCUCAGACUGCCGAUGCCUCUGAGACUGCUGAUGCCUCUCAGACAGCCGAUGCCUCUGAGACCACCGAUGCCUCUCAGACCGCCGAUGACUCUCAGACCGCCGAUGCCUCUGAGACCACCGAUGCCUCUCAGACUGCUGAUGCCUCUCAGACCACCGAUGCCUCUGAGACCACCGAUGCCUCUCAGACUGCCGAUGCCUCUGAGACUGCUGAUGCCUCUCAGACCGCCGAUGACUCUCAGACCACCGAUGCCUCUGAGACCACCGAUGCCUCUCAGACCGCUGAUGACUCUCAGACCACCGAUGCCUCUGAGACCACCGAUGCCUCUGAGACCGCCGAUGCCUCUGAGACCGCCGAUGCCUCUCAGACUGCCGAUGACUCUGAGACCGCCGAUGCCUCUGAGACCGCCGAUGACUCUGAGACCGCCGAUGACUCUGAGACCGCCGAUGCCUCUGAGACCGCCGAUGCCUCUCAGACCGCCGAUGCCUCUGAGACUGCCGAUGCCUCUGAGACCGCCGAUGCCUCUGAGACUGCCGAUGACUCUCAGACUUCUGAUGCCUCUCAGACCGAUGAUGCCUCUCAGACUACUGAUGCCUCUGAGACCGAUGAUGCCUCUGAGACCACUGAUGCCUCUCAGACUGCUGAUGCCUCUCAGACUGCCGAUGCCUCUGAGACUGCCGAUGCCUUUCAGACCGAUGAUGCCUCUGAGACUGUCGAUGCCUCUGAGACUGCCGAUGCUUCUGAGACCAAUCAUGCCUCUGAGACCGCUGAUGCCUCUGAGACUGCCGAUGCCUCUCAGACUGCCACUGUCUCUCAGACUGGCACUACUUCUGAUAUGACACUGCAUCUCAGACUCACAAUGUCCCUGAAACUGAUGCUGCCUCUCCAAAAGGCACUGCGUCUCAGAAUAACACUGCCUCUCAAACUGUCACUGUCUCUGAGACUGACACAGGCUUUCAGACCAGUACUGCCUAUCAGAUUAACACUGCCUCUAAAAAUGACAUUGCCUCUGAACCUGACACUGCCUUGUAGACCAGCACUGCCUCUCAGACUGACACUGCAAUUCAGACUGACACUGAAACUCAGUCUGACACUGCCUUGGAAACUACACUGCUGCUCAACCUCCACUGCCUCUCAGACUGCCAUUGUCUCAGAGACAGUCAUUGCAGCGGAAACUGCCGCUGUCUCCAAGAUGCUCAUUGCAUCAGAAACUACCACUGACUCAGAUACAGUCAUUGCAACAGAAACUGCCGAUGUCGCCGAGACAGUCAUUGCAUCGGAAACUGCCGCUGUCUCUGAGACACUCAUUGCAUCGGAAACUGCCACUGACUCAGAUACAGUCAUUGCAUCUGAAACUGCCGCUGUCUCCAAGGCAGUCAUUGCAUCUGAAACUGUCUCCGAGACAGUCAUUGCAACAGAAACUGCUGCUGUCUCUGAGACAGUCAUUGCAUCGGAAACUGCCGCUGACUCAGAGACAGUCAUUGCAUCGGAAACUGCCGCUGACUCAGAGACAGUCAUUGCAUCGGAAACUGCCGCUGACUCAGAGACAGUCAUUGCAUCGGAAACUGCCGCUGACUCAGAGACAGUCAUUGCAUCUGAAACUGCCGCUGUCUCUGAGACUGCCCCUGUAUAUCAGACUGCUGCUGCCUCUCAACUGCCACUGGAUCUGAUACAGUUACUGCUUUCCAGACAUCCAUUGUCUCUGAGACUGUCACUUCCUGAAGACCUGAGCUCUUUUUAAAUUCCACCAUCUGUCCUCUUAUAUGAUGCUAUUAAAAUGAAUUGAAUUGAAAUGCUAUAAAAAGAUUUCUUAUUCUCUGUACCUUUCUCUGUGGGAGAGAAAUCAUGACACAGUGUAGUGCACAGUAGAAGCAAUGCUAAUGCAAUACAAUAGCACGGAAAUGAUUCCAC